AUGUCGUCCUCACUACCCUGGGACUACAUCGCAAAGCUAGUAUGCAUCGGCGACUCAGGCUGCGGUAAAUCCAGUCUCACGAUCCGGCUCUGCGAAGGCCGCUUCGUCACCCACCACGACGUGACCAUCGGCGUUGAAUUCGGCUCGCGCAUCGUCCCCGUCGGUCCUCCACACAGCGACUCUCAAGAACAACAACAACCAGCAUCACUUCCAUCAUUCACAGAUUCCACCGAUCCUGCAACAUCAAUACCAAACGGCACCUCCUCCUCAGGCCUCCCCCCACCCCCAAUAGCCGCCAAACCCUCCACCAGCACUAGCGAACCCCCGCCGCCCCAAAAACAUAUGAAGCUCUCCCUCUGGGACACCGCCGGGCAAGAAACGUACAAAUCCGUCACGCGCUCUUACUUCCGCGGCGCCUCCGGUGCGCUUUUGGUUUUUGAUCUGUCGCGCAAACAAACUUUUGAGCACGUAACCGACUGGCUGAACGACCUGCGGGCCAUCGCCGAGCCGGACAUUGUCGUCAUCCUCGUGGGGAACAAGGCCGAUCUUACAGAACAGAAUGAAGAAGGGGACGGACAAAACAAGAGGGAGGUAACGAGGAAAGAAGCGGAAGAGUGGGCGAGGAAGAACGGUGUCCUCGAAUACGUGGAGACGAGCGCCAAGAGCGGCGAGAAUGUCGAGAAGGCAUUCAUGAGGGUUGCCGAGAGGAUAUACCAAAACAUUCAGGCGGGCAAGUAUGAUUUGAAUGAUAGAAGGUCGGGGGUGAAGGGGCCUAGUGCUGGGUUAGGUGGAGGGGGGACAGGUGGGGGAACGAAUGUGAAGUUGACGGGAGAUAAGGCGGGUGGUUAUGGAGGAUGUUGUUAA